AUGUUCCGGAGACAAGUUCUGCGCCAGUCGCGCUCACUCUCCAAAUCCCUCAGUGAGCUGGCACAAGCACACCACCAGCGGUCGCCAUUCUCGUCGGCGAUCUUCCUUUCUCCUCGAGCCUCCACAUACGCAUCUACAUCUCUACCGUCACGGCUCCAGCAGCGAAGAUGGCAGUCCUCGGAACCGGACAAAUCGAAGGCCUCUGCCGCUUCGGCGCCGCCGUCGACAGAAGAGUCGAAGCCUACGGAUCCCAAGCCUGAAGACGCAUUAAAGGAAGAGCUGGAGAAGACUAAACGAGAAGUGAUAGAUCUAAAGGACAAAUACCUCCGCAGCGUAGCCGACUACCGUAACCUCCAGGACCGCACGCGACGAGACAUGGAAUCAGCCCGACAAUUCGCCAUCCAGCGCUUCGCGACCGACCUGCUCGACUCGAUAGAUAACCUCGACCGUGCCCUCUCCUCGGUCCCGCCCUCUGCGCUCGGAAAGGGACAAUCGUCCGCAGACUCAACCGCCGCGGCUCCCAGCGCGGGCACAGCCGAAGCCGAACCCAACAAGGAUCUCCAGAAUCUCUUCGCCGGGUUGAAAAUGACCGAGGAGAUCCUGCUCAAUACGCUGCAGAAGCACGGCCUCGAGCGAUUCGACCCGAUGGAGAACGGCGGGCGGAAAUUCGACCCCAACACCGACGAGGCCACCUUCUUCACCAAGGUCGAGGGCAAAGAGGACGGGGACGUCUUCUUCACCCAGAGCAAGGGAUACAAGCUGAAUGGACGGGUCGUUCGGGCCGCAAAGGUCGGGAUCGUGAAGAACUCGUGA